GUUAGAGGGCACUGCACUAAGGGCAAAAGUGUGAAAUCAUACAAGGAGAAGGGCAAAUCCGCCAAAUCAUACCAAUUCUCGUUUAGGCAUCUCUCAUCUAUAGUUUUCAUUCUCUUUCAUCACAUUCACCCUCUGAAAUUGAAGCCUGAGAGAGAAGAUUGUGUGAUGUUCUUUUCAUUUUCUUCAAGAAAGCAACAAGAGAAAGAGGAGAGAGAAGGGAUAGGGGUGAGUUUUAGGCCAGAAAACUUCAUCCCAGGUGUUGUUAUUGGUUUCAUUUUUGGGUUGCUUCUUGAUUUAGUAAAACCCUCCAAAAACCCGCCAAAAUCCUUACUGCGUAAUCACCAAACAAACAAUUCCUUAUCUUCAAGUUCCCCAGAUGAAGAAUUCAAGAUGGUUUUGGUGGUUAGACAAGAUCUGAAAAUGGGACCUGGGAAAGUUGCAUCUCAAUGUGCUCAUGCUGCCACGGGCAUGUAUGCUGAACUAUUCCAAAGUCAGCGGUCGCUGUUGAGGCAGUGGGAGCAAUGUGGGCAGGCUAAAAUAGUAGUCACGUGCAAGAAUCAAAAAGAAAUGAAUAAGUUACAGGAUGAAGCGGAGAGCAUGGGCCUUCCAACUUUUGUUGUUGCAGAUGCUGGGCGCACGCAGGUUGCAGCCGGUUCUAAGACGGUACUUGCAAUCGGACCUGGAAGAAAGGCUUCUGUGGAUUCAGUCACUGGAAAACAACGGCUUCUUUGACAGCUUAGCAUGUAAAAAAGUAUUUAGCUCGAAUUUCUGCGUGAUUCUAAAAUAGUGACUUUAGAAAAUAUCUUCACUCUUGCAAGCUUUUGCAAGUCAAGAGACGGGUUCCUGUCACUAGGAUGAGCUUGUCCUGGUACAACCUAUAAUUGUGUAUGUCAUGAUUCUGACAGUUAUGCUCCAUUGAUUGUAACUGUAGAUUACAUAGCUUAAGUCAUUAUAGAACCUCUUGUAAGUCUAAUUUCAUGCUUCAAACACUGAGCACAGAAGAUUUUCUUAUAGAACCUCGUUUAAAUUGUAAUUGCAUCAAAAAUGAAAUACAACUAGUGUAUGUUUCUUAA